CUGAGCUGUUUUUGCUUAGGUAGAUAUAUCUGCGUUUCGGUCAACUUGCACUCGACAAAGCCUGUUUGCUUUCCUCAUUAAUCGUAACGCUUUUGUUAUCUGUCCGAACGAUUUCCACGCUGUCGGCGAACAUAGAUAAAAGGCAUGUCCUAGAGCUGGAAGGACUUUAAGCAGCAGCAUGGGCUCAGACGCGGCGUACCCGCCUCCGCCAACGGGGUCGGGGGAGGGCGAGUCCCAGGAUCUGUGGUAUGUAGGAGCUAUAAUUAACGUGAUUGGCAGCAUAGCGAUCAACCUUGGAACGAACCUCAUGAAGCUGGGGCACAACAAGCGGGCCAAGGUGGAUUUGCCGGAUGACCAGAAACCCCCAGUACGGAAGUUUAAGGAAUGGGUUAUCGGCAUGUCAUUCUUCUCUGUGGGCAACAUCCUGAACUUUGUCUCCUUCGGCUUCGCUGCCCAGUCGCUGCUGGCCGCCCUGGGCAGCAUCCAGUUCGUGUCAAACGUCAUCUUCGCGUCCUUUGUGCUUCACGAGCGGAUCAACCGCAUGAUCCUGAUCGCCACCACCUGCAUCGUGGGCGGCUGCAUCCUGCUGGUGGUGUUCGGCAACCAGAGCUCAGCAACAUACACCGUGAAGCAGCUCACGGAGCUCUACACCAAGGCCGGCUACGUGACCUACCUGAGCCUGCUGGGCGUGGGUGUGGUGGGGGGCUAUCUGCUGUACCUGAAGGGGCAGAAGGUGGUCAACAAAACGGGUCCGCGGGGGUUCUGGUACGCCAUCCUGCCAGUGGCCUACUCGGUGUUCUCGGCGCUCAUAGGGACGCAGAGUGUGCUGUUCAGCAAGAGCAUGUCCGUCAUCCUGCGCCUCACCUUCAGCGGGGAGAACCAGCUGGGCAACUGGUACACCUGGCUGGUGCUGCCGCUGUUCUUCCUGACGGCAGUAUUCUGGAUCACCCGACUCAACAAGGGUCUGCGCAUGUUCCCCGCCAUGAUCAUCGUGCCGGUGAUGCAGAUCUCUUGGACGCUCUUCUCCAUCAUCUCCGGCAUGCUCUACUUCCAGGAGUACGCCGACUUCACGCCGCUCAAGUCCGUCAUGUUCCCAAUCGGCGUGCUGGUUGUCUUCGUGGGCGUGUUCCUGCUGACCCAGAGCGCUUCCUCCAAGCAAGCAUCCUACCAGAAGAUGGAGGAGGAGGCGGCAGCCAAGGCCGCCAAGCAGGACGCAGCAAACUCGGCGUUUGGGUCCAGCACGCUCGGCGAGGGCAAGCUGGCGGGCCGAGAGGACAGCGUGGACCUGCGCCGCCCCGAGGGCGCGGCGCUGCCGGUUGAGGCGGCUGCCCGGUCCGAGCUGUCCGACGAUGCCGACCGUGAGGUACAAGCGGUCGCCACAUCCUCGCCACAAGCUAAGGCAUACCACCCUGCGUCGAGGACAGAAGCCGAGGUGGAGGGCGCGCGCGCUGCGCUGCCCGGCAGCGCCACCAAGCAGGCGCCGCUGGAUGACCAGACGGACCGCAAAUCCAUGCUGGAUGACAUGAAGCGGCGCAUCCGGAGCGUGCAGGAUCGACUCAACCAUGACCUGGUGGACGUGAAGACGCGCGAGGGUGUACGACUAGCCAUGGGGCUGGGCGACAGCAGCAUCCCCGCCAUCAGCCUCUUUGCGAUGCCCAUGAUGCUGGACUAUGCGAAGGCGGUGAACCCCUCUGGCCGCUUCUCCAACUCGCUCUUGUCGCCGGUGAUGAGUUCAAAAGAGGAGAUCAGCGGCAGCCGGGAUGCAAGCCAUGGAAGCAAUGCGGUCGUAGAGGACUUGGAGGCGCGCAGGUCCGCGGCCAGUCUGACGUUGGGGCGACCAGCGGCGGAGCUGGUGCAUCCCUCCGCCGACAGCAGCCCCGCCAUCAUACGCUCGGGCUCAGCACCCGCCAGCCCCCGACUGGGGCAGACGGGGCUGGGUCGGUCCAUCAUUGACCGCGCGGAACGGGCUGCCAAGACCGGCAUCCAGGCGAUCAAGAAGGCGCCCAGCAACCUGCAGAAAGCGGUGCGGGACAAGCAGGGGUACGGGUCGUUGCAUGAGGAUGAGGAGACGGGGUUGUUAG